AUGGAGGAGAACAGGUGGUUUUUGUCCAUCAUUCAGAAUGAGUUCAGGACUGGGAAGAUUAAUUUAGACAGCACAAUGAAGCUGCUUGAAAAACUGCAAAUACCAUUUGAUUUUGCACAUGUAAAACAUGUUUUCAAGAAAACAGUGGACAAACGAAAAGAACAUACAAUUAACAUAGAAGACUUCAGGGCAAUUUAUCGAACUAUUGUACACAGACCUGAAUUUAGUGAACUUUUCUGUGCUUACUCUCCAAACUGCAAAAUUUUAGCUGACACUGAGCUCAUUGAAUUUCUGAGAAAAGAGCAAUAUGAAACUGAAGCUUGUGGAACGACUGCAUUAGAAAUUAUUUUGAAGUAUGAACCCAUCGAAGAAGUGAGGAAAAGAAGGCAGAUGUCAUUUGAAGGAUUUAUAAGGUUCAUGAGCUCAGAAGACUGUUCGGUAUUUAAAAAUGAUCACAGGACCAUCUACCAAGAUAUGAACCACCCAUUAUGUGACUAUUUUAUUUCAUCUUCUCACAACACCUACUUGAUAGCUGACCAACUAAUAGGGCCCAGUCACUUAUGGGGAUAUACCAGUGCUCUCUUAAAAGGAUGUCGUUGCCUGGAAAUUGACUGCUGGGAUGGCUCAAACAAUGAACCUGUUGUGUAUCAUGGUCACACUUUAACGAGCAAAAUUCCAUUUCAUUCUGUAAUUCAAGUGAUAGACAAGUAUGCAUUUGUGGCAUCUGACUAUCCAGUUGUACUGUCUUUGGAGAACCACUGCAGCCCUAAGCAACAGGAAGUAAUGGCAGGCUAUUUAGAAAGUAUUCUAGGUGACAAACUUCUUACUUCAACAGUUGGUGGUUCAGUGGUUACUCAACUGCCUUCUCCUGAGGCAUUAAAAUUCAAAAUUCUGGUAAAAAAUAAAAAAGUUGGAACAAUUGAAGAAGGUAUGCUCAGGAGAGAUCUUGACAGUCAUGGUGAGACAGGGGAAGUUUCUGAAUUCGAAAAUCUGUCCGACGAAGAUGAGCCUGAUGAGAAAGUCCCUCUUUACCCAAAAAGUAAUUCCUCAAAAAGGAAAAGUGAACGUAGACCUUCAUCCCCACCUCGAAAAAAGGCAAAGAUGAAGAAGAUAAAAAUUGCCAUUGCCUUGUCAGACCUUGUGAUUUAUACCAAAUCGGAGAAGUUUGUGAGCUUUGAGCAUUCCCUAACUAAUCAGAACUGCUAUGAAAAUAAUUCAAUUGGAGAAGUUCGAGCACGAAAAUUUGUAAAACAUUCAGCUAAAGAGUUUGUUUCACAUACCUCAAGAUUCAUUACAAGAAUCUACCCCAAAGGAACAAGAGCGAACUCUUCAAAUUAUAAUCCUCAAGAGUUCUGGAAUGUGGGGUGUCAAAUGGUGGCCUUAAACUUCCAGACACCAGGAGUACAAAUGGAAUUGCAAAAUGGAAAAUUCCUAGACAAUGGUGGUUGUGGCUAUAUUCUGAAACCAGAAUUCUUGAGAAAUCGCAGUUCAACAUUUACCCCACACAAUGUGGGAAGAUACAGUAAGCCAAUGUCUCUGUCAAUAAGGCUCAUCAGCGGUCAUCAGUUACCACCCAGUAACUUGUCGAAGACUAACAAAGCUGACCCUCUAGUGCAGAUAGAAAUUUACGGUGUGCCAGAAGAUCAAGCAAAAAAAAAAUCUAGUGUUAUAAAAAGCAAUGCUUUGAGCCCUAGAUGGGAUGAAAUUUUCUCUUUUACUGUCCAAGUUCCAGAACUGGCAUUGAUACGCUUCUGUGUGGAGGAUGAAAUAUCUCUGGUUGCAAAUGAAUUCCUUGGUCAAUACACUUUACCACUGCUAAGCUUGAGUAAAGGUUACCGUAACGUUCCCCUGUUGUCCAGAGAUGGUGGCAAUCUCGAACCUGCAUCACUGUUUGUUCAUGUCUGGUACUAUUAAUGAUGCUCUGCAGUAACAGUCGGUCUGGAGGAUCACACCCUGCUCAAUAAAGCAACAGCACUAGGCUUGCAACAACUCAGUGAUCUGAUUUCCAGAGUGGCACAUUCUCAGUGAUUUCAUUAAGCUAAUGGGAGUUGUGUGAGUAAAUGGUAUCCUGAAUAAUGGCUAGUAAUGUUGGCCCUACAAUUACUUAGAAAUAAUUCAUAAACACAGAACCUUUUUUGAUGUUUUUAAAAUUUGGUUAAUAAUUUUGU